AUAUGGAAUCAGUAUCCUCUUCUCCAACUAAAGAUAACUCGUGGCAUAGUGAAAGUGACGAAUGUAGUUUUCAAGAAGCGUUAUCGAAGCGAGAAAAUGUUGACAAAGAUACCUUUCGAAGGAAGGUUAUGAAUGCAACCCUACUGCCUUAUCGACUGGCUUGGAAAGGUUUUAGUUGGUCUACUUAUCCUGUUAGGAAAGUUUGGGGUUGGAGAAAAGACCAAUACAGUCAACAAAAAACAAGAAACAAUUUGGACGAAGCAGACCACUUGUUUGCAGAGUUAGUUCCGCGACCUCCGGAAGACGUUUAUGAAGCACAAAGACAAAGUGCUGUUGACAGGUGGCUUUUUGGGCAGUCAGCCUAUAAAUGCGGUACAGUAGAAAGUGCACUAGAAGACAAUAAUUCUUCUUCAAUGGAGGGUAAAGAUGACACACGAAAAGUAGCACUUGUUUCGUCUUUUUCCAAGUUUUGUGGCUAUUCACCUCUUCUGUUAUUCUUGAACUGGUGGCGGAAUCGAAAUAAUCGUCACGCUAUUUAUGAGUUGUAUAAAGUUUUAAACAACGCUUCAACAUACAUGGAAUGGUACAACUCGGCACAGUUGCUCGAUAGAUUGGAAGGAAACGACGAAUGGAAGCAUCAUGAUAUUGAGUCCAUCAACUUUUGCUGCGAUUUACAGUUACUUCGGAAUCGACUUGUUGAGUUGGGAAUGCUUUAUAGAGAAAACGACAUAAGGCGACUGGUAUUUGUGGUUAGAGCAGGAUUGCAGCGUCGCUUUGCUGGCUUAUGUCAUCCAGACUUGCAUAAAUAUUCGCAUGUUGGAACCAAAAGUGUAGUUGAAGAUUAUGUGCAUGUAAUUGCUUGGUUGUUGGAGUAUUUGAGUACUGUAGAUUUUGCAAACGUUUCAGAGACUGUAGAAACUAAGGAAAUCAGUGAAGGUGAAUUUCGAAACAGUCCAAGUAACCCAUUAUUAGAUUCGAUUCGAAAAGGUUUUCCUACAGAUGAAAGGAAUCAGAAGAAGAAGGAAGAAGUUGCUCUUCAACAAAAACUUUCAGUUUUUAAUGAAAUGCGACAUUCUUAUGGCAGGACUGCGUUGUUAUUAUCUGGUGGAGCGAAGAUGGGAUUGUAUCAUUUAGGAGUAGCCAAAGCCUUGUUAGACCAACGUCUUUUACCACGAGUUAUUUCAGGCUCUUCUGCUGGUGCUAUUAUAGCGUCCUUUAUUGGUAUAUUUAGAGAUGAAGAGUUGAGAAUUUUACUAAACACUCUUGUGAAUCCACGAACAAAAGAAAAGAUUCGGUUGGAGUUUUUUGAUAAUGGAGUUUCUUUGAAAAGAAGAUUGAAACGGCUAUGGAAAAAGGGUAUUUUAUAUGAUAUUCGUCAUUUGACUAGUUGUAUGCGUAACAACUUGGGCGAUAUUACAUUUGCUGAAGCCUAUGAAUGCACGAGACGAAUAAUUAACAUUACAGUGGCUCCUAUUCGAGGAACUGAAUCCAUUUUGCUAAAUUAUUUGACAGCUCCAAAUGUUUUAAUAUGGAGUGCCGUUGGUGCAAGUUGUGCGCUUCCCGUGAUAUUUUCUCCAGUCCAGUUGGUUGCAAAAGAUAGUGACGGACAGUUAGUUCCUUAUUAUUUGGAAGGUGUGAAGUGGAUGGAUGGUAGUAUCAAUGCCGAUGUUCCGUUACAACGAAUAGGGGAAUUGUUCAACGUCAAUCACUUUAUAGUUAGUCAAACCAACCCUCAUGUAAUACCUAGAGGUAGUCGAUUGAUGAAGAGUCGUUUUGCCAAAAUGAUUAAAGCGGAAUUGAAGUUUCGAUAUUGGCAAUUGAAUGAACUUGGUCUUGUGCCUUGGAUUGUAUCCUCGAUUUUUCCAGUUUUGACUCAACCAUUUGAAGGAGAUGUAACUAUUAUGCCAGGGUUGGGACUAUCAGAUAUUAUUCAUUUAUUUUCCAACCCGACCGAAGAAGAAAUUCAGGAAUAUAUUCGCUUAGGAGAAUAUUAUACGUUUCCAAAGAUUGACGUGGUUAGACAUCACACUUUGAUAGAACUUACUUUAGAUGCUUGUGUGGAAAGAGUAGGAAAGCAACUUUUUGAUCUGUCUUUUAGUUCUUCACAUAGAAGUGGAGGAGAUAGUCGUACAGGUUGGACUAGAAGAGCUCCAUCCUGGCUAUGGUUGGAUACCUUUUUAAGUCCAAACAGUACUAUUUCGACACCUUCACAGACUCCCAGAUUGUCUCAUCACAGUAGUUUUGUGCGAAAUAAUUCUCAGUUGGAACGUCAAUUAUCAAAGAAAAGAGAAGGAAAGAGUACGAGUUCAAGUUUUACAAUAUCUCGUGAGAAUAGUGUGGAAUUUGAAGAGAAUGAUCAACAUCAUUGAGAAGAAGAGCGGAUAAGAAUUGGAAGUUGGUUAAUAAUCAUUUGUAGAUAGAGAAGGAUAAGAGUGGGCUGAUGAUAGAUUGCAAUAGACAAAUGCCACAUCUUAUUAUAUGAAAUAUUGAAAUAGAUAAAGAGAGCAAGACUUUGGAUAAUACGUGUGUUUUUUAAAGU